AUGACAGAAACAAUGAUUCCUGAUCAUUCAAAUACAAUGAUAAUAGACAAUGGUCAAACAACAAAUCCUAAUGAAAAAAAAGUUACACUACAAGAUAUACCACGUUUACCACGUGAACUUUCUCCAUUUGUACCAUUUAUAAAUGUUAUUGAAUAUGAUCAACGUGGCCCAUUAUAUCAAGGACCAGGAGCUAAACGUGAUACAGGACGUUAUAAAAUUCGACCAACUGAUGAUGAUAGUGUUAAACGUGCAAAAAAAUUUGCUAUGGAACAAAGUGUUAAAUAUGUUCUUGUUAGACAACAACAACAUCAACAACGUGCACAAUUAGAUUUAAUUAAAAAACAACAAGCACUUUUAUUAAUGUGUCGAAUUUAUAUUGGAAGUAUUAAUUUUGAAUUAAAUGAAGCUAUGCUUAAACAAGCAUUUCAACCAUUUGGUCCAGUUAAAUCAGUUUCAUUAACAUUUGAUCCUGUAACAAAUCGUCAUAAAGGUUUUGCUUUUCUUGAAUAUGAAACACCAGAAGCAGCACAAUUAUCUAUUGAACAAAUGAAUGGAGUUAUACUAGGUGGAAGAAAUAUUAAAGUUGGUCGACCAUCGAAUAUGCCACAAGCACAACCAAUUAUUGAUCAAUUAACAGAAGAAGCAAAAAAUUAUAAUCGAAUUUAUGUUGCUUCUAUUCAUCCAGAUUUAAGUGAAACAGACAUUCAAAGUGUAUUUGAAGCUUUUGGAAAAAUUAAAAGUUCUUCAUUAUCAAAAGAUACAGCAACAGGAAAACAUAAAGGUUAUGGUUUUAUUGAAUAUGAUACAGUUCAAGCAGCACAAGAUGCAAUUAAUUCAAUGAAUUUAUUUGAUCUUGGUGGUAAGUUAUAUUUUACUAAGAAAUGGAUUGUUGCUUGCUAUGCUCGCAUGUAGAAGAAAAUUUUAGGAGUAUUUUUGUGUACGUGAAAACACUUUUUAAUAUAGAAAAUUAGCUAAUAAAGUUUUUCUUUUAUAGCAAUCAGGACACGAAAUUUAUGAUUGAUUUCUCAACAGACAAUAAUCCAAGUCUUUUCUUUCACCAUUCAAUAUAUCUCUCGUUCGAUUUGUAUAUAUUAUGUUCUCGAAAUAUGGAUAGUAUGAGAGUAUUUCGUCUACUUAUGUCGUUGUUUAGGUUAAUCUUUGUUUUUGUUUUUUUGUCAAAUGAUUUUCCACGAGCCACAACGGUACCAUUGAUGACAAGCUAACAAGUUAUCAAAUCUCGUUGUUUUAUAUAGUAUUAUUUUGAGUGCGUAGUAGCUUAUAUAUUUAAAAGAAAUGAUUUAUUUUAAUGGUAGAAGAAAUUUUCUAUUUUAGUGAUAGAUUUUGCAUCUCUGACCAUAAAUUGAUUGAUU